UGUGGAAACAAUUAUAAGAGAUUAUUUAAUGGUUUUAGUGUAAAUACAAUUAUUUGUGUAGCUUACAAAAGCCAUUAUGAAGCGCUGAAUAUCUCUAAAACUGCCACACAUAAAGAAAUAAAAGAUGCGUAUUAUCGACUAUCAAUGAUAUAUCAUCCAGAUAAAAAUAAAGGAAGUGAAGAAGCUGCAAAAAUUUUCCGUGAUAUAACUUCAGCAUAUGAAAUCUUGGGAAAUGUCCGUCAAAGAAAAUUAUAUGAUAGUGGAGCUAACUUAAAUCAAAAUUCUUCUCAAUUUACUACUAAACAACAACCUUUUGAAACAAUGUAUACAAAAAAUGAUAUUUAUAAAACCAAUGUCCGUAGCAGAGACUAUAAUUUUGAACAGUGGUCUAAGGCUCAUUAUACAAAUGUAUUUAGGCGACACCAUGAAACUCGACAAAAACAUACAAGAAACAAAAUGAACGAUGAAUAUGCAGAACGACAAAAUUCAUAUAAUUUAUUGACAAUUAUGGUCUUUGCAAGUAUUUUUAUUUUAAUUUCAAUGUUUGAACACGUGAAAAAAAUACUUAUUGAACGCAAUAGAGUAAAAAGAAUUUCUGACAAAAAUAUACAAGAUGAUUAACAUAAAUAAUUUA